GGAGAGCUGGGUGUGGAAUACGGUGACGUAAUGGGUCCCUGGCGGCGGUCUCACUGUCAUUGGCUGGUUCGGUGACGGCCGCUGACUUCAAGCGUUUCACGGUGAGGGUGCGCGUUGCCCGGGAGCGGUGGUUGUGUCGAGUCCGGUGGUUGUUCUCCAGCGUAGCUGCAGCCUUCGGUCCGUCUCGGAGACUCCGGGAUGCCAUGGCUUCUGGAACAGCAAUCACAAUGGUUGACACCAACAAUGUGUUGAAAUUCUUUGGUGAGAAACUUAAUGCCAUUAUCGAACGUUUCAAAGAAAAUGAAAUAUGGCUGAAAGAAAUCCAGGAGGAAGCUAAGGUGAUGUUUGUCAGUGGUUUUAAUGCAGAGCCUGAAUUAAUGCCGAAAACUCCUUCAGAGAGAAAACGGCGUAGGAGAUGUCCAUCGAUGGUCCAGGAUCCCAAUAAGAGGUUUUCAAGAAGCAGAAAGAGUUUAAGACGUUCUUCAGUUCAACGGAUAAAGCUGAGAAAUAGGGUCUUUGAGGAAGAUAAUAAGUGCACUGAAAUGGUUGAGCAGGCACAGCCUGCAUGCCUGACUCAAUCAGCAUCAUAUGCUGCAGCGACUACCAGUCAAGAAACUGAGAAGACCAGUGCAUCCCCUGCUCUCCCCAUAAAUGGUAGAGUUCCAUUAGUUGACCUAUCACUGAAUGAUUGCAAGAGUGCAGAAUUGUAUCAAAAGGCUCACAUGGCCUAUGCGGCUCAAACUCUGCAGAAUUUUGAAAGUGUGAACUUGCCUCCGAAAGCAGGUGAGACAAAGUUGCUGCCUCAGAAUGGAACUGUUUUGGAAUCAUGGACUCCUUCUGUCACUGUCUUGCACCUUGACAGCCCGAAUCAUGAAACAAAUGGAUUGAAAAUAAAUGCCGAUGCUACUAAAAGUACAGUUAGUGAAUCUAGCUCAGGUUAUUGGGAGCUGAGUAAUGCUCCAGCUGAUGAGGUCUGCAUCUCUGAGGAAGAUUUAAACAAGUCAGUUUGCAGAACCAAAAGAAGAACCCGAAGAUUGAUGCGGAAAAGCAUUGCUGGCCGCAGAUCCAGCAGUGCAAGGUUGACGGAUAAGUAUUCGUUGAAUGUUCAACGGACCACAAUGGUGCAGGAAUCCACCAGAAAAUCAUUACGCAAAUCCAUUGCCAGGAGAAAGAGUGUCCUACUUUCUUCUGUUUCCAGUUACAAUGACUCCAUUGAGAAAACCAAAGAAAAUGUGAAAAAUGAAUGUGUUGAAGCAAUUUCACGCACAGUCCUUCAACCUGAGCAACCAGAAGAGAAGCUGCCAGCUGCAUCGGCUUCUGAAAAAGAUUGUAGUAACUUGCAAAAUACCGCAAAAGUUGCCAUCAGCAAUUUGGAGAAUAUGGCUGUUGCUGCAGUUAAGCCCCAAGUCUGCAGAACCUCACCAAGAAUUCAAAGGAAAGAUAGCAUUAAUUCUGGUAAAUUGAACUCUGCCAACCAGACUGAUGGAUGUAAGAGUCGUUGUGAACAUGGAGUGGAAUGUAUAUCUAGUGAUCCUAGGGUUUUGAACAAUGAGGAUUUUCCACUGGCUUCACCACCUAUUUCUACCACUAAGGUGGGUAAAUCAAAGCACAAAAACUUUCUUCAUGCAGUUCAGAACAAUCAAUUACUCAAGACUCCUGUUUCUGUUGGCCGUUCAAUGGUGAAGUCCUUCAUUAAACUCAAGACUCCAAUGAAAGUUGAUGCCAAGGAAAAGGAGAUGAUCUGUCUGGCAAAUCUUAAGAAGAAACAAGAUCAAGAAGAAGAAAGAAUACGGAAACUAGAGGAAGAGAAAAAGCGCAAAUUGGAAGAGUUUAAAAAAAAACGGGAGCUACGGCUGAAACGUGCUUUAGAUGCUCGUUCCCGAGUUGAGAAGCAAGAAGAGAAGAAGAAAAAUAAAAUUGAACAAAAGCUUUCUCGAACUAAUAAAAAUGAAAAGUUGCGUGAGGAAAAAGUUGCUGAAGAGAAAGCAAAGAAACUAACUGUUAAGAAGAUGGAAGGAGAGUCUCGAAGGUGGCAAGAGGAAGACAGAAAACAAGGAUUACUGCAGAUGGAAGAAGAACAGCAAGAACUGCAGCACAAGGAGGAGAAAGAACUUCAGCAGCAAUGUAAACUGGCAGGAGCCAAAAAGCUUCAAGAGCAGAGGGAACCUGAGCUGGAGAGAGAACAGCAGUAUGAUCUACAUUGGGCUACAGACAAGGAGUGGGAAAGAAAGGAGCAAGAGAGCUUCCUGGCAGAGAAGGAACAUGGAUGUCUGGCAAAAAAGGGGUCUCUCCAAUUACAGCAAAAGCUGGAGCAGACCACAUGGAAUGAAGCUGUACUACAGGUUCAACCAGUAAAGGAAAGACUUUCUAAUGGAGUACAAGGGAAAGUCACAGUAUGGGAAGAAAUGCAAACAGGAGAGCCAGAAAGUUGGUGUUUAAAGAAUGAGACUCAAAGGAAGCAGUUGGAGCAUGACCAACAUGGUGAAGAGAAUAAACUUGAAGACCAGAAAAUAAAAUGGAUGAAAGAACAAGACAGAAAAGCUGCAGAAGUCGCAUCCAACAAAAGUAUACUGGAUAAAACUAUGGAGGGGCAUCACCCUGCAGAACCAGAAUCUUACACCAUGACCCCCAGUAGCUAUUCCAAAGUUAAGUUGCCUAAAAUAAAUCUGGAGAACUAUGGAAUGGACUUGAACAGUGACGACUCAACAGAUGAUGAGGGAAUGCCACGCAAACCAAUCCCUGCUUGGGCUGAUGGUAAAGAACUACAGCAGGCACUGAGAAAGCAGUAUUACCAUCCAUUUAACUUGGACAAACUCUUCAGUGUCAUUACACCCCCCAACCUUGAAACCAUCUUCGGCAAAAGGAAGCCUCGUUACCUGAAACGCACAAGUUCUGCAGUGUGGCAUUCACCACCAGGAUCAAACAGCUUUCAGAAUUUGCCUUGUGGUUUUGUGAAACACUGAACUAUCUCUCUCCUGAUGUUUUCAAUAACUUAAGCACUGUAAGAAGUGAACAAUCUCCUGAUCUGCUUUGACCUUUUCUGUAUUAUGUGUAUUAUUUAAUUGACCUCUACCUGUUGAAAAAUAUGGGCUAAAGUACCAGUUUCUCAAUCUAAUUGCAUUUGUUUAGAGGAUUUUGCAUUUUAAAUUUGCAAAUUUUAUAUCAUGAUGGAUGGAAGUUCUAUGUCUCCUGUCAGGGUCAUGUACAAAUAUUUUCAAUCAAGUUGGGACUGUGACCAUGAGCACAAUUUCCUAAUUUUGGCAUUAAUCGGUAAGCUCAGUAUCUGGUACAUUUAAGAGUUGUGGGGUAGUUGGGCAUGGAAUCUCACUGGGUCAUUAAUAGGUGUUCCUCAAUAGUUGAAUUGGGGCAGAAUGCAAGGAGCUCUUGCUAUUGGUCCAGUUGUCCAUUUCUUGCAACUCACUGCUACUGGAUAGUUCAAUUAGGCUGACAGUUAAUUUCUAGCACGUCUGUCCCACAAUGAAUACUCCAAUGAAAUCUGGUGUUUCCAUGGAACUAAUUUGCUUAAAUAAAGAACAUUCUUCUAGGGUACAUUAUGCCAUUGAUUUUUCCCCCCAAAGAUUCUAGAUAAUCACCUAUCAUAUUAUAGAAAUAGCCAGUCAUUUGGAUUGAGUACACACACAGUCCAUUUUCUUUCCUGUGCCAUGUUAAGCAUAACCCUAGCUGGGAUUGGUUAAGUGUUGGGAUGGUUUGGAGGCCUUGGGGUUAGGAGAAAAAUAAAUAACUAGAGUUUUCUUGUGGAAGGUGUGCAUGAGAAUGAGAGUUUAAAGUAGGCCUUUUUUUUUCCACCCCCACUAACAGCUUGCUGACGUUUUGUUACAUGGGCUCAAAUGUGCAUGAUGGACAUUUAGGCAGGUUGCCCUUGGAAUUGCCUGCAUUGUGGGGGAAGAAAUCGGGAACAAAAUGCCCCUUGUGUCUCAAGUGCUGCAUUGUAGUAAUGUGAUCAAUCUCACCAUGAUGAAGUUUUAAUUAUUUCAAAUGCACAGUUUAUUGGAGCCUGUUUUAUAAUUGUGGAGGUGUUUUAGUAAAUAUCCCACAGGUCAAAUACUGAGGAAAAUGUUUGUUUUGUUAUUUAACAUAAUAAAGUUUUAGAUAUAGUAAACC